AGUGGGGGGCUCCCCGUGCCAAGUUUGACGGUCUGUCCUUUCUCUGUCUGCCUGUCUUGUUUGUCUCCCCCCCCACCCCCACCCCUCCGCCUGCAGCUGCUUGGGGCGCUGAAGAAGAAAGGCUGAGCCCUGGAUCUAAUGCCCAGAGCGCGGCGGAUUGUUGGGCGAGCGGGUCCCUGGCUUCCCAGGCUGAACUUUGUCUGAUCUCGCCCAGCCCCGCCGCUCCGCGCCGCGCCGCCCAGCCCAUGUCAGCCUGAUCCGCGGCGGGUGCGUGCGAGGCCAUGGAGGGGUCCAACGGCUUCGGGAUCGACUCCAUCCUGUCCCACCGCCCGGGGAGCCCGGCCGUGCCCAAGGGAGACCCGCUGCUCGGGGACUGCAGGUCCCCGCUGGAACUAAGCCCCCGCUCCGAAGUCAGCAGCGGCUGCCCGUCGCCCCCCUCGCCGGGCAGGGAGUGCCUGGAGGCGGUGGCGCAGAGGCAAGGAGUCGCCGUGGGCUUGGACUCGCACCUGCAGCCGGGGCAGGUGUCGGCGCCGUCCCAGUCCAGAACGGUGACCUCGUCUUUCUUAAUCAGGGACAUCCUCGCCGACUGCAAGCCCCUGGCAGCCUGCGCGCCUUACUCUAGCACCAAUGGACAGAGCGGGCCGGAGCCUGCGGGCCGCGGCCCCGCCAAGCCCGGGGAGGAUUUUAGAGAGAAAAUGGACAAAAGUAGCAGCAACGUGUCCUCGGACUCGGAGUACAAAGUGAAGGAAGAAGGGGACCGCGAGAUCUCCAGCUCCCGGGACAGCCCCCCGGUGCGGCUGAAAAAGCCGCGCAAGGCCCGCACCGCCUUCACGGACCACCAGCUCGCGCAGCUGGAGCGCAGCUUCGAGCGGCAGAAGUACCUGAGCGUGCAGGACCGCAUGGAGCUCGCCGCCUCGCUCAACCUCACCGACACGCAGGUCAAGACGUGGUACCAGAACCGCAGGACCAAGUGGAAGCGGCAGACGGCGGUGGGCCUGGAGCUGCUGGCCGAGGCCGGGAACUACUCGGCGCUGCAGCGCAUGUUCCCGUCGCCCUACUUCUACCCGCAGAGCCUGGUCUCCAACCUGGACCCCGGCGCCGCGCUCUACCUGUACCGCGGGCCCAGCGCGCCUCCGCCCGCGCUGCAGAGACCGCUGGUGCCCCGCAUCCUCAUCCACGGACUGCAGGGGGGCAGCGAGCCCCCGCCGCCCCUGCCCCCGCUGCCCGGCGUCCUGCCCCGGGCCGCGCAGCCCCGGUGAGGCGCGCCCGCCGCCCCCGGGCCCGGGCCAGGGCCAGCCGCGGGACUCGGACGGACGCCGGCCGGGCUCUGCCCCGCGCCCACGCGCGGCGCGAGGGACAGGCAGGGCCGCGCGGGGCCGGGGGCGGCCGCGGGGCUCGGGCGGGCACGGGCAGCGCCGCUGCCUCCUGCCCCUGCGCGCACACGCGUGCACACGCGCGCACACACAUCGACACACGCAGGCAGACACGCGUGCAUGCACGCACGGACACAGAGGCAUGCACGGACACGCACUCACACACGCACAGACCCAGAUCGACACACACACACGCGCGCGUGCGUGUGCAAGUGCAAGCGAGCUCCCCCGUGGUCACACGCGCGUGCCAGGCCCCUGCUCCCACCCGGCCCCCUCCUCCCCGCCCCCGGGGCACGUCGGGCACCACGGGUCGACCCAUCCUCCCCGCUCCCCCAGGCAUCGCAGGGCCCCGCCGCCCCCGGGGGCGACUCCCGGGGCUCACGACGGCUCGGGGCCGGGCCGGGGGCUGCACCCUAGAGUUGCCCCGUGACCCCCAGGCAUCCAUCCCCUCCAGAGCCCCCGCUGCGGGGAGGGCGGUGCCUCCCACUGGAUCCCCGGAUCAACCCCCCGGGUCCCACGCGCGGGCGGGCGCGCAGGGCUGGGGACGGGGGGCGGCUCCGCUCCGACUGGGGCUGCCGCUGGAAGCGAGGUCGCUCCCAAAGCAACCGGGGCCUGCGGAGCCAGUGGUUGCCCCCGACCCCCUUCUGCCACCCCCUGAUCUCUUAGCUCAUGCGAUCCCUAAGGAAACUCAUGGGAUCCCCUCGCCCCCCCCCCCCCCCGGAGAUCCCCGGCCCGGACUGUAAAUACCGCGUGCAAAGUGCAUCUGAAUUAUUUAUUUGUGACCCCCGAGGGCGUAUUUGUGUCAGUGCUUCUUGUCGGUCUGUACCCCGGGGCCUCCGCACUCCCGGCCGCGGCCCCGCUCGGCUCGGGCCCUUCCUUUUAUAAAUGUGGAAAUAAAACUUCUUUGCAAACACCCCGGCUCACUGCUUCCAGCCGCUCGG